GGCCAUCCAAUCCCACUGAACGAGCCGCCGAGUGGUUGAAGAUGGAGGUCAUGUAUGCUCUGGGCCUGCAGCACGAAGUCUAGGCUAGUAGCCUAGUAGUAUUAGCCUAUUUGUUUCUUAUUCGUUGUAAUUGAGGAUAAAGAUGCUUUGUGAUGAGUAUUUGCCAAUAGCAAUACAUUAGUAAUGUCAUCCCUUGAUAAGGCUAAGGUCAUCGUUGAACCAGUUCAUGAUGUCCAUGUCCUGCUAAAUAUUGGUGAUAAUGCCAGAAAGAAACCUGUACUUCAGGAUGGAGCUGACGCUCUGUCUUCAGUUCCUGGGGAUCUGUCUCUUUCUUGUGUCAAGAUAGUGCCACAAAUAGAAGGACAUCAUAUGCAGCCAUUACCACUAAACUUAGAAGACAUCAGAGAGCAUUGCGAUGCACCAUGCUCACGUCAAGGUGUCAGGCCUCAAGUGCAACCAAACCAAGAUGAUGUCUUGUCGGUUGUAAUACAGAAGCUAACAGAGUUAGUGGAAAGUAGUGACAAUAGGAGGGCAUGUGACAGAAAAUUGAAUUAUUCUGGAUCGAGCACUCCUAAGAGCAUUGUUGAUGGCACAGAUGAGGUUCUAUUUGAGCAACCAAAAAGUAAAGGAAAAUGCAAAUUGUUCAAGUGCCCUAACUGCCCAUGCCUGUUUUCAGUUACUAAAGCACAACUACGUCGGAAAGUUCGUCCUGUAUGCCCUUGCUGUGAGCAAUCAAAAUCAGUAAAUCAGAUGCAUGGUAAUAAACCUAUUAACGAAGGUUUAAUAGCAUGCGACCUCUGUAAUGCAAUAUUCUCAUCAUACUCUGAUGUUCUCCUGCAUCUUGGCACCCAUACUAAUGCUACCAUCUUCAAAUGCCGUCUUUGUGACUAUGUUACAACACAAGAAAAACAAAUUUUAAAGCAUGAAACAGUACACUUCACACCACCCCAGCAGCAAAAAUCGUUUAAGUGUGUGCAAUGUAAUGACACUUUUUCUGACUUUGCCAAACUUCAGAAUCAUAUGAAAACUCACAACAAGAACAAAGAACUCUUGAUGAAAUGCUCUGAUUGUGGUUUUACAUGUCGCUGUGAAGACAUUCUGCGUAAGCACAUGUGGCAGCAUAUGGAGUCAAAGAGUAAUCUGUCCAGUGACCAGAAUCCACAGUGUGCGCUACUAAAAGGAUCAGUUACAACAUCUCAAGAAGAGACCAAAAGUGAUAUGCUCUGUAGGAUUAAAGGCUCUGUAUGUCCAAUGCAAGAUGGAUGGCAGAGUCAAGUCUGUCUUUACAAGUGUCCCUUGUGUUCUUAUAUCUGUGAGAAGUUGUCAACAUUGAAAUGCCAUGUUUGGCGACAUGCAGGUGAUAAGAAAUGUGCUUAUCCACUGAUUGAUGAUGUAGAGAGUUUAAAGGAAGCUGUCAUUCCCAUAGCUAAGGAAACUAAUGAUACCAUAGAUGUUGAAGGCUCAGAACAAACAAAAAUAGUAGUGGGGUGUUGUGUAGAUACAGGAAAGAACUGUUGUGAAAAACGCAAUGGAAGUGGCUGUCGCUGUGAGGCUAUAACGGUUUCAAAGGAACAGUACCCCAUUAUUGAAAAUAUUAUCGAUAAUCCAGACAGUAUUUUACAGUCCACAAAUGAAUCUAGCCAUUCUGAUAACUUCAAUGUCAAUGCGUCAGGUCAUACAGUCAGAAUUGGUCAUAAAGUCAUUUCACAAGUGGUUGAAAGUAGUUCUUCAGAGAAAAAGAAACCUGCAAACGAAAGUGGCAAUGAAUCUAUUAGUACUAUAUCUGCCGUAGGCCAGACAUGUGACCAAGUUAACACUAUUGUAUCAAGUAAGCUCAAUAAUUCACAUAACCUCCCACCAACAUCAGAAAAUUCCCCAUAUUGUCCAACAGACAUCCAACUUGAUAAUACCACACCUGUACCAGAGAUAUUUUACCAUUUUGAUGGAGACAUUGUCACACAAAAUGCAGAAGUAGUUGUUUCAGAGACUGUUGAAAUCUCUAUGGAUGAAUUGACAGAAACAGAAAAAACUGAGAACUCAGAGGACUUUGUACCACACAAAUCCUAUGAAAAUGUACAAUUGAACGAAGAUGGUAUUGAUGUGAGUAAGCUAUACAACUACAAGUUCAGAGAAUCAGAGCAAAGAACAAUAGUGGGUGAAGAAAUCGAUAAUGUUGAUGGAUUAUAUAAGGAAAUUGGUUCAAGAGAGGCUGAUAUAAGCCAAAGCCAAAUAUUUGAAUCAUUGCUUAAAAAAUCCCAAACCGAAGAAAAAAUGACAGCGACACCAAUUAAUGAUAAAGAAUGUACCGUGAACAAUGUUGAUUCUGUUGACAGUGGUACUGAUGAUGAAGUUGAACAGUUAAGUAUUAGGGAAGAAGUUGUGGGAUCAAGUCCCAGUCACAGCUUCUCCAUUCAUGAAGGCCCGCCACAAAGUGAAAAACCUGGUAUUAGUGAUUCCCUAUUGUGUGUUAUUGAAAACCUUGUGCAAAGAUCCAAUAAGGAUGUGUAUUGUCAAAGCCAGAAAUCUAAGAGAAAGCGUAAAAGGCAUGAAAAUGAAUUAGUGGACAAUGUUGAAGAUAUAAAAAGCUCAAAAAAUAACUUCCAAUGUGAACAUUGCUCAUAUAAGACAACCAGCUCAGGAUAUAUGCAUCGGCAUAUGAAGUAUCAUAUAGCAAAUAAACCUAACCAAUGUCCUCUUUGUAGCUUUCAAGCCAAUGAUGCCCAGCAAUUGGAAACUCACAUGAUACAAAGCUGUAAGACACCAGUUCAUAGUUGUAAUAAAUGUUCUGCUAAAUUCUUUUACAAGAGUAAGUUGCUUGUGCAUAUGCGAACGCAUGCCACCUUAUUUAAGUGUGCAUACUGUUCCUUUGAAACCAAUUCUGAAAAUGAUGUUGAAGAACACAGAUUGUUUCAUCAAAAUCAUCAAGAUAGCGAUACUGCAACAUACAAGACUGAAGCAUAUAAAAUAUCCAAUACCUCACAAUUUGUCUGCAAAGAAUGCAACAUGAUUGUAUCAAAUCCUGAUGACUUGGAAUCUCAUGUGAAAGUCCACAUGAAACUUUAUAAAUGUCAAUUAUGUGACUAUUCCUCAGCUACUGCCAAUGGAGUGAAAAAUCACAUGAAAUUUCACCUUAAAGAUCGCCCUCACAAGUGCCCCUUGUGUGAGUUUUCUGGAGCUUACCCGCAGAGUCUGCGUGCUCACAUGAAGAGCCACAUGCAAGAAUAUAACUUCUCAUUGCCUGCAGCUAAUGAGGUCUUUAAGUGUAAGCUAUGUGGUUACACCUGCAGCCAUCUGCCAUCUUUAAAGUCCCACAUGUGGAAGCACGCUAGUGAUCCACAUUUUAACUAUGAAUGUACAAUGAGUCACAUUAAGCAUGGAAAAAACAAUCCACAUUGUACUCAGAAUAAAAAGAAUGAAUUGAAUGACCCAUUGGAAAUUGAGAUCUCUGAAUCGGAAAGCAAUGAAAAUGUGAUUCCAGAUGAGGCAGAAUAUGCACUUUUACGCUAUCAGUGUGCACAGUGUGGGUUUGUUGGCGCCACCAAAGACACAUUAAUUAAACAUAUUAGAGCAAAACACAAAGAAAGCUUGAAUUCAUUUGUUUCUCAAUGAUGUGAUGCUAAAAGCUAAUAGAUGUUAAAUCCAAUGUGUAAAGAAUUGUAGGUUAAGAGUUAUUCAAUCAACCGUUACUUGUGUUUUCUAUUCAACAAAAAGUGAUAACAGUUUUAACUUGGCAUCAUUGUCACAUGGUGCUGAUUACCUAACUUAGGUAGGUAGAAUUCUCUUAUAUCACUGUGUGCUUUUAGCAAAACUUUGCACUAUUGGUGAAUUUGUGCUUGCCUGCUGCACAUUCUAGUGAUCUAUGUACAAGUUAAUUGAAGUACCCAAAGUAAACUUAGGAAUCUCAUUGUAAAGUAUCCCUUUUUUAAGGUAUCGUCAAUGUGCUUUGUGUAUAUUCUUUUAUGUUGUAAUGCUAGGCUAUGUUACAAUAGCUGAGAACCGACUAAUGUAGAAAAUUGCAUGUUAUAGCAAAAGUUAAAUUGUAUUUAAACUUGGAAGAAUGGAGAUAUUUUAAAUCUGUAAAAAAGUCCAGUUAUAAAUCUCCACCCCCUCCCCCAACUUCCCUCAAUUGCAGAAAAAAUAUUUUUAUGUUAAUUGCUCAUUAGAGAUUGCAUGAAUCAAAUACUCUGAUUUUCAGGCUUCUAACAAUACAAAUUUCUAAAAAAAGUGCUUUUAAAACUAUUGUAAAUAGAAGUCCCCCUCUGAUUUAAGACCCCUCCAUUUACGGGUCACUUUUGUUUUGUUUUUUUGUUUUUUUUUAAUUUAAUGACAAAAGGUGCUAAAGAUCAUGAAAUCCCCAGUCACUAAAGUAGUCUGGUGAGGGAGACCUGUAUUUGAGCCUGAGAUAACAAUAAUCUGGUAAGGUUCAGUGUCCAUCGUAAUUAUAUUCAUAUUGAAUAGAUUUCAUAUUAGAAGCGAAAUUUAUGAAAUGUUUGUCCUCUCCAACCUGAAACAAGCAACACAUCACAUUAUUCAGUCCAGCUAGUGUGCCAUAUACAGUAUGAUGCAAUAUGUGUUAUCAUGUUGCGGUGCUCUAUUCUGUCAAAUCUAAAUAAUUCAUACUCUUUUGCAUUUUGUCAUAAAUAAAUGGCAUUGGCCAGAUUGUCAUCUCAGAACUAAAACUCAGUAUUACAAAUAGUACAUAUUACAUUAUGUAAAAAGUUAGCUAAUGAAUUACCAUAAAACAUUGAAUAGAAGCCCUGAGCUUCUUUUCAUUUUAGGACCCUUGUAUUGGUUUCUUUUCGAGAUAGACCUCUUUUUGAGAUAAUAAAGAGGGGGUGGGGUGUUUCUUUUCAAAAAGCUGUAAGUUUCGGAAUUGCUGCUUUACAUCAUUUUUCAACUAUGGGAUUAAUAUUUUUAAAAUUAAUUAUGCUUCGUUUUGAGAUUAAGCCCAUAGGCUUCUAUUCAAGGUUUUACAGUAUAUUUUUCUAAAGACAGUCUACUAACAUCAGAUAAUAAGGUUAGAUAGAAAAAAAUAUUAGAUUAUCACUUUAGUUUUUCAAAAAUUGACAAGGGAGGGAGGUUUUUUUAUUUUGAUUUAAUAUAGGCCUACAGUAUUUAAAUAAUAGAAAUACUGUAUAAUUAAUUUAAAGAGAAACCUACCAUUUUUUCAACAAGGUUGCACAUUAGCAUGUAUGGGUAAAGUGUGUUACCUUUAAAUUGCCAGAAUGCUCAUAUAACACCUGCGUCUUAGUUUGAUGUGGACCUUCUGCAUACCACACGAUGUGUUGCUAACAAUUUCAACGACGUAAAAAGCAAAAUAUUUUUUAUUACGGUGUCAAAAUUUCCAAAAUAUCUGAUAAGGGAGGGAGGGAGUGAUAAUCUAAGAAUUUUUUCUGUUGGCCUUAAAUGAUUUAGUAGUUAUUUAUUUUUAUUUUUCUUGGUUUUUAAAUGUAAAGUUUCUAUAGUACUACAAAAUGGGAAAUUACAAUUAUCCAAGGUUUUUUAGUUUCCUACAUUAGUACAUCUAUAAGAUACAUUAAUUUGAUCUCAAUAUGGUGCUUUGUUUUAUUGUAAAUAAACAUGUCAUUUGUAUAAAAGGGAGUGCAUGGGGAUUAGAUUUGCAGCUAUGGGUGCAAGAGACACUGAUAAUUUGAAUCCUGCUACAGACACGUUCUUUCAAAAAGAACUUUCCAUUGACUUUACAUGAUUAUAAUAUGUUGGGUUCCAAUCAGAGCACUGUCAUUAUUAUUAUUAUUAUUUAUCUAUUGUAUCUUGUUUAUAUUGUGCUUACGAUGCAAACUUAAUUUGAAUAUUAUUUACUGCAGUGACCAAUAAACUAUUACUGUAUUUCCAGCUUAACGAUUGCUCUAUUAUGUGUGAGCAUAUGUCAAUUGUAUGAAAGAGUUUGCAUGGGGAUUAGAUUUGCAGCUGUACCGUAUGGAUCUGUAUGGUCUAACAGUAUGAUACUCGCCUAGAUAGUGAGGAACUCCGGUUCAAAUCCCACUAUAGAAACUUUUCUUUGAAGUGCUAUGCUUGAAAUGAUAAUUAUCUUAUGAUGUUUCUAUUUGAGCACUGUUAUUAAUAUAUAUAUAUAUAUAUGUAUAUAUAUAUAUCUGAUUUCAAUAUUAUUUACUAUUAUAAGUUGCAACCUAAUGAGCUUUUAUAGCUUAACUAUAGCUCCACAAUGUGUGUGUGUUUCAGUCAGUUGUACGAAAGAAAGUGUCUGUGGUUAGAUCUGUGCAUAUACCAAUAGGUCUCAAUGGUCUAAUGGGUAUGAUACUCGCAUUGAUAGCGAGAGGCUGCAGGUUCAAAUCCUGCCAGAGGCUUUUUUUGUACAACCGAAUUGAGGAACUUUCUUUGAACAGCUAUACUUGAUACGAUUAUAGUGUCUUGUUUUUAUAUGAGCACUAUUAUUAUUUUUUCCAUUUGUUAAUAUAUAUUUAUAGACAGUAUAUAUGAUCAGUAGAGCAUGGUAAGUGCAUUUUGCCAAGAAGUUAACUAUAUACAACAAAUAUAUUUAAUUAUAAUGUGUUUCCAGGGUUUGUUGUUUUCAAUGUGCAUUUAUUCCAAAUGUCAUCUUCCUAUUUCUAACAUGGUUAAGUUUAUUGGAAUGAAACUAUAAAGUAACUUAUAUUAUUUAUUACUUAUUUAUAAUGUACAAGGUUCUUGUAGAUAUUUUACUAUAUUUUAAAAAUAGGAAUUGUACUAGACACAAUAGAUAUGCAGUAUAAUUUUUGCAUCAAACCUUCUGUUUGGUGAGAUAUAUUAUUGGUUCCACCAACCCCCAUAUACAAAUGUUGUGAUUCAGUUAAAAUCAUUUGAAAACUUAAAAGCAAAAGAAAGGAUGCAAGAGCUAUGAAAAAAUUGUCACAUUUCUUACCUAAAGUAGAACACCUUUAGCAUAAUUCUUUUCCGAAGCACAAUCCUAAUUUUGUCAGGAAAUUGCGUAUAAAAUUUGAAAAAAUUGUUUUUUGUUUUAGCAAUGUUUGAUCCUGGUUGGUUAUCUUGCUAAAGUUGAAAUCACUAAAACAUGCUGUGAUUUCAAUGACAAGCAGAAUAUUGUAAUGUGGGAUAUGUGGAGUAUAAUGGCCAACAUAUAGCUAAUUAAAUGAAGUGUGUUCUGCACUUGCACAUGAAAUCCCAACUAGUACAGUUAAUUUACAGUAUAUAUUAUUUGCAAGUGUUAAAAUGAGUAUACACCAAAUAUAUUAUGUUAUACAGUAUAUCAAAUUGCACACAAGGUGCAUGUGCAAGUAGUAGUGAUUAAAUGCAUGGUGAAAAUGCUGCUUUUUAUUUUUGUAUUACUCAAAAAUCUUUAUUUAUGCAAAAUGUUAUUUUAAUGUUGUAUACUGUAUGCAUUCUAGAUUGCAAGCAUUUUGCAUGGUGCUAUAUAGAUGUAGUUGCUAGUAUUCUCAAAUGUGGGUGCUCUAGUAAACUUGACAUUCACUAACAAAAAUUCAGACCCUAUAUUUUUUAAGAUUAACAUUAAAACAUUAACAUUUGUUGAUUUUUGCCUUCUCAAUAAUAUAUACCUACAACAACAUAAAAACAUACACACAGAUGGGAUAUAUAAACGUCAUAAUUAUUUGAUACUACUGUAUACAACAGACAACUAUUCAUUUUACAUAGACUGAAAAAAAUCAUGGGAAAUGUUUAUUAAUAUACGUAGCUCUAUGUAGGUAAUUAGGGAAUUAGUAAGUUGUUAAUGAAUGUUAGUAAGUUUACCUAACAAAAUUUGCAUAUGUAAAUUGUAAAAUUGAUAAUAUUGAAUGAAAUAUUUUAACUAAUGUUUUCAAUUGAUAAUUAUCAUUAUAACAAAGAUUAAUUAUAAUGGUAAUGAGAUUCUGUAUUUAAUUCUGAAUGGUUUGACAUUGUAAAAAUUCAAUAAACAUGGUGCUAAUGAUUAAUCUCCGACCUGGCAUGAAUAUUAUGCUUACUUUUAAUAUCGAAUGAUAUUGAAAAUAGCUACCUUCCAGGUCCCUUAAAAAUUUGUAUUUGUAAUGGUAAGUGACUUUUUGAGGUAUACUCUAGCUAAAUAUGCUAUACGCUUUGUACCUUAUAUGUUUUCAUUAAUUAUAGUCUUGUUUUUGUAUAGGAAUAGUAUUCUUGAUGUGAUUGAUAUUUAACUAAUACAGUAUUGUUGACCUUUAUGACAAGAGUUUUCCACGAUUUGAUGUUUGUUUAUACAACUAAUUUUACUAAGAAACUUUUGUGAAAGCUUUAAGUAUAAGAAAAUACCCUUAAUAUUGUAAACAGUUCAGAAAUAACUUAUGAAUCAGUGUAAUAAAAAAUAUAAAAUGCCAAAGGAGUUACAUCUUAUUAAAAUGUAUGCAAAUUUUGCAUUCACCAUGUGUCUGCGCAACAUUCAGUUGUGUUCAGGGAGUUAGAUAUAUGCACCAGUUAUAGUAUAUCUCUGUGGUGUAGCAUUAUACCAGUUGACUUGAUAGAGAUGUUGCAGGUUUAACCCCCUCCCCCAAUAUUUAGUUUUGUAUAACCGAAAAGGAAACUUUGAUAAGAGCUAUAUGUCUGAUAGCAUCAUUUUUUCUUUUAUUCAUUUAUCUAUUUGUUUAUAUUGUGUUAACGGUGCUAUGCAGCAAAUUAGAAUAUUAUUUAGUAUGAUUUCCUAGCUGUGAUCUAUUAUAUAAUAAGUUACAUUCUAGCAUAAACAGUUUGAGUGCAGUUUUAUGAGAGACUGAUUCUAGGCGUUAGAUUUGCGACAUAUUGUACGGCUUGAUAGCAAGAGUUGCAAGCUUUUCACCAGACACUUUUCAUUAAAAUGAUAAAGGUGUUGAAGAACUA